AUGCUGCGCCGUGCGCCGUUCCUCUUUGCGACGAGCAUUCCGCGAAGUGCGUGGGACCCAGCGCACUUCAACACGAAUUGGUCUGACAGCUACAGCGGCGACAUCGCAGCCCGCCGCCACUGGCCUGCAAAGAAGUGGUCCAUCGGCCUCGAACCCCGCACCCCGCGCGACUGGCUGCAGUUUUCCUAUCGCAAUCUAGCCUACGCGUACAACGGUGCCCUGCGCGCUUGCCAAAGCUUUCCAGAAAUGCUGGUGUACUACAAGGAAAUGAAACAGCGCGGGGUGAAGGUGGACGUGGACACCAUGAAUGUUCUCCUUACUCGCGCCGCACGCUACGAACGGAUUCAGGUGGACGAUGUUUUUCUACUCUUUGACGAAUUGACGGCGUUGGGGGCACGUCCCGACAUCGCGGCCGUUGAAACCCUACACACCGUGCUGGACCACAGUGCCGCCAUGCCGUACGAGUGGCGCGAGGCCCGUCGCCGGCAACUGGUGGAGUUGUAUAAUUGUCUUGCCAUGGAGGAGAUUGAGCGGCUUGCCCCCCACCGUGUGGACCGGCUGCUAAAGGAGCAAAUCAAACGCUAUAGGGAUAAUCUACGUGCGCUGAAGGCGAGCCUCAGCCCCACUGUCUACCGCCGCUACCUGCACACGAUGCACUCCGCCUCGCUGCUGUUGGAGGAGGUGCAUAAUUUUUUAUGGGAGCUUGUGGAGAGUGAUCACCCUGCAAUGGAGGUUCCUGCGCUGCAGCUGCGCGUCCCAUUUGUGGGGUCCGUAAUGCGGCGUCCUGACGCGGACGCCAAUGCGCAGCUGGUGAAGUUCACAGACUUUGAGGAUGCGGAUGUGUGCUCGGUUUUCCUCGCCGCCGCGGAGCGUGCGGUGGACGUCGAUUUGCACGACGUUCGGCCGGUCUCAGAGCGGCGGAUUUUUCUCUCGUUACUGACGAUGCUUUCCUACAGCGGCGUGCUGUACACCUCGGACCUCAUGGCGCAUCUGAUGGAGAUGGUGAAGUACUCCACCCACGGUGCUGCGCGGGACUCGGAUGCGCAGCGGGUUCUGCGGUACGCCAUUCGUGGUUCCAGUGCUGCGCAGGAUGAGGUGUACCGCUCGCUGUGGCACAAGGUGGAGACGGUGGCGGACAGCCGGGUGGUGGGCCGGUACAUUGGCGCCCGCGAGCCGUGGAGCCCAACCCGCGUGUGUUUUGACGAGCGUGGGAUAUUCAGGUCCUACCCGCCGCUGGUGCACGCCGCCGCUAAAAAGUCGUUGACGGGGGAGGGGGAGGAGCAGCGGGACGACCGACAGCGCAUGUCGAGGGAGCUCGCCCCGCACAAAGGGGGGGCGGAGGACGAGAUGGUGGAAGGCGCUGGCAGCAAGGAGGCUGCACUGCAGGUGGCAUCUCACGGGGAUCAGCGGACGGUGGAGGCGUUGGAUUUGCGCUGGAGCGACAUGCACCGCCUGCUGGAGCGUACACGCGCCCUCACAUCUCCACCGACAGAACGGCACCCGCAACGGGAGAAGAUGGAGGUCUUUACAGGUAUUGCCGUGUAUCUGCGUACACUCGCCACCGGGCGACGCUACGGCGGCGACAAGGAAGAGGUGGAGGCGAUGGGAAGCACAACUCCGGCUGAAUCACGGGAGCAGGCUUUAUUUGCCACCGGCUACGGACUGGACGUGUGGGCGCGAAUCUUCGAGCUCGUGCAGGAGGUUCGCCACGACAUGGAGAAGUUCAUCACGGACAACGCGGCUCACCACGUGGAGCCGGAGUUUGAGUGCUGGGAAGCGCUGCUCGUCACGCUUCGCUGCAUCCUGGACUUCUGCGUACUGCUGACGCAGGAGCAGGGCAAGGAGAAGCGGGCAGCGGUGGGAGAACUCUUUGAGAGUGCAAUGAAGCUGCGCAACGAGCUUGUGGAGGAGAGUCGCACGCGAUUCGGUGGUAGGAUGCGGAUUUUGUGGCUGCAGGAGGCGUAA